AUGAAGAUAAAUUCUCCUGGCGAGCCGUCAAAGGAGGCGUGGGAACCCAGCGAGUUCGGUAUCUCUGUCGCGCAAGGUGCCUUUGAUAUGGGGGCUUGGGAGCGUAUUACUCAUGGGAACGAUGGGAGGCUGUCAACACGUCGUGUCUUGAGCCGGACCUGGACGGGACGCGUAAAAGCGAGGUUGAUUGGUGCGGUUGGCCGGAUGGCGGAGUGGGUGAGCAGACGCGGAGCAGAAGGUGGGAGCCGGAGGUUGGGAGCGAGGAGGAGGUUGCAUUCUUGGCGGCUGAAAGAGACUGAGGGCGUUAAUAUGGGAGACCUGGACUAUGCGAUUCGGUCACACAUUCUUCGUGGUGUGAUGCGUGCUGCUUUCGAGGUUGAGAAGGGACAGCAGGUGGAAGAGGUUAAGCAGCGGAUGGUUGCUGCGGGUAGGAUUGACGAGACUAGAGCCGAGCAGUGGAUUCGAGAGGCGCUGGUGGUGAUGGAGCCAUACGUGCGCAAUAAUGAUAGACGGCCUGCCUCUGAAGAGGGUUGGGGUGAAUUGCUGCGGCAGAUUCUGGUCGAGAAUGGACAGCUGUUUGCAAGAUGGAAGCUCUCAGACUCUUCCAAAGAGUUCAAUUUCGAGCUAAAACCAAGGAAGUAG